ACAAGCAAGAUCAGACUGUCCAAUAACAAACAUGGCUAGCCAAACUGACUACUCGCUGUACCUGGUGACUGACUCGACAGAUGCUAUCCUGGGCUCGAGAGACCUCGUCGAAGUUGUUGAGCAGGCCCUGCAAGGAGGUGUCACCAUCGUCCAGUACAGAGACAAGACGAGCGAUACCGGAGCCCUCAUCUCAACGGCAAAGAAGCUGUACGAGAAAUGCAAGCAGCACGACGUGCCACUUCUGAUCAAUGACCGAGUCGACGUUGCACUUGCCGUGGGCUGUGAAGGCGUCCAUCUCGGUCAGGAUGACAUGAACGUUGUCGAAGCACGCCGUCUCCUUGGAGAUGAGAAGAUUAUUGGCGCCACCGUCUCGUCUAUUGAGGAAGCUAGGAUAGCCAUUGAGCGCGGUGCAGACUACCUAGGCAUCGGAACCCUCUACGCCACCCAGACCAAGAAGAAUACCAAAGAGAUCAUUGGCGUGAACGGAAUCAGGAGGAUCUUGAGUUACCUUGACGAUCUCGGCGAGAAGAGUAAAGAUGUCAAGACCGUAUGCAUCGGCGGCGUCAACGCAUCCAAUGUCCAGCGCGUCAUCCACCAACUCUACGCUCCCCGCUCGCCUUCCUUGAAAUCCAAGACCAUCGAUGGCGUAGCCAUCGUAUCUGCUAUCGUCGGUGCCAAAGACCCCAAAGAAGCCUCCUCCAACCUGCAGCGGCUCAUCAAAUCCACACCGCCAUUCUCCCAGUCCAGCGACCCCGUUUUCUGGCUCGAAAAGAAUGAAGACGAGAUUUUCGCCCUGAUCAAGACAGCAGACAAAGCCACUGCAGCGGUCCACUCCAAAUCGCCCCUCAGCCACAACAUGACGAAUCUAGUUGUGCAGAACUUCGCCGCCAACGUCGCUCUUGCCGUCGGCGCAUCGCCCAUCAUGGCCAACUACGGCGAAGAAGCUGCAGACCUCUCGCGCCUUGGCGGUGCGCUGGUCGUCAACAUGGGUACCGUAACACCUGAAGGGCUGCUAAACUACAAGAAAGCCAUCACUGCGUACAACGCCGCCGGCGGUCCGAUCGUUCUUGACCCGGUUGGUGCGGGCGCGACGAGCGUAAGACAUGAUGCGCUAAGUCAAUUGCUCGGGGCUGGGUACUUUGAUCUGAUCAAGGGGAACGAGAGGGAGAUCAUGGCUGUAGCGCGCGCGAGUGGAUUCACGCUUGAUGAUAGCAGUCAGCAGCGGGGUGUUGACAGCGGGGACUCGCUGUUUAGUCUUGAACAGAGAGCGUAUUUUGUCUCGAGGAUUGCGUUGAGGGAGCGUAAUGUGGUACUUAUGACAGGCGCGACGGAUGUUGUCAGUGAUGGUGUACGGACGUAUGCCAUCAGCAAUGGACAUGCAUACUUAGGUAAGAUCACGGGUAGUGGGUGCACGCUAGGGACUACGCUGAGCGCGUACCUUGCUGCGUGGCCGCAAGACAAGUUGCACGCGGCUGUUGCGGCUGUCUCGCAUUAUGAGAUUGCGGCCGAGUACGCGGCGAAGAGGGAGGAUGUUAAGGGGCCUGGCACUUUCGUAUCGGCAUUUAUCGAUGAACUAUUCAUUAGGGGUGGUCUCGUUAGUGAAGGUAAGGAGAGCUGGGGUAAAGAUGCAAAGGUAGAGUGCCUGAAGGACAUUCCUGAUGCUGGAUUGUUGAAGGACAUCUAGAGCAGACAUAGCGAUAGGAGAGGAUGUAACUGUUACGUCGACGAAUAUCCUCCUCUUUCCACGUUCGUCCUUUAUGCGUCAAUCUGGAUCUUCAUACCAAAAUCGUUUAGUGUCUCCGCGUACUGCUCACCCAGAGUCGCAGGUGUAAGAAUACCACCUCCCAAUCGUCCCGCCUCAGUCUCCUCAAGCCUACCCCUCAGGAUGACAUUCGCAGCUGCGGACAGAGUAAUAGCGGUAGCCACGUAACCACCGUGAGCAAUGUCGAUCUUCGCUGUAACCUUCUGUCCACUCUCCGCAACGCCCACGCCGCGGUAAGACAUGAAGUCGUUCUUCAUGCUUUCCCUACUGGGGCCCUCGCCAGGUGCAGGAAUCAAGAACUUCUUGAACAGAAGUGCGAGGACCAAGCGAGUGGGUGGUAGUGCCAAGAAGAGCCCAACGAGGCCCAGAGCAACCUUG